AUGUUCGUGGAUGCAGAUGGAACUUUCAACAACAGCAACAUGAAAUCUUAUGUGAUGGAGAAAGUGAAAGAGCCCGGUGCAACAAAUAUGAUUUCGGAGGCUCUCGUUGCACACUUGCUGAAGAUUGCGCAAGAGGCGGCGGAGGCAGUAUCCGCCACUUCGCAGUCUCCAACUCUGCUGAUGGAGAAUAGCACUCGGUGUGGGGAGCAAAUUCUGAACUACGACAAGGUGGAGAAGGUAUUUAUUGGAGGGAUCCUCACCAUGCUCACGCUGUUUACUAUCUGCGGGAAUUUGCUGGUGGUGAUUUCGGUGUGCUUCGUGAAAAAGUUGCGGCAGCCGUCCAACUAUCUGAUCGUGUCUCUGGCGGUUGCCGACCUUUCAAUCGCGCUGGCAGUUAUGCCGUUUGUCAGUAUAACGGACCUUAUUGGGGGGCAAUGGGUUUUUGGCCAAGUCUUCUGCAAUGUUUUUAUUGCCAUGGACGUGAUGUGCUGCACCGCAUCCAUAAUGACGUUGUGCGUAAUUAGCAUAGACAGGUACCUGGGCAUAACCAAGCCUCUGACUUACCCUGUGAGACAGAAUGGCACUUGCAUGGCCAAGAUGGUGGUGUGCGUGUGGCUCCUGUCCGCCUCCAUCACCUUGCCCCCCCUCUUCGGCUGGGCCCAGAACGUAAACGACAACAAGGUGUGUCUGAUCAGCCAGGACUUUGGUUACACCAUCUACUCCACCUCAGUGGCGUUCUACAUCCCCGUAUCCGUCAUGCUCAUUAUGUACUACCGUAUCUACCACGCCGCCAAGCUCAGCGCCGCCAAACACACCAUCACGGGCUUCCCGCGGGUCGGGGAGGAGGAGGCGCGGGGGGAAGAGGAGGAAGCCAUGCAGGAACAGGAGGAGGAAGAGGAGAGCGUGGACUGUGUGUCGGCCGCCCUGAGGCUCCACAGGGAGGUGGAGGAGUGCACGCGAUUCUCGCGCCUCAUGAGGAGCAACCGGAGGAACAUGUCCAUCUUCAAGCGGGAGCAGAAGGCAGCAGCCACCCUGGGGAUCGUGGUAGGGGCCUUCAGUGUCUGCUGGAUGCCUUUCUUCUUACUGUCCACGGCCAGACCCUUCAUCUGCAGGGCGGACUGCCCUAGCUGUGUGCCCUUGUGGGUGGAGAGGACCCUGUUGUGGCUGGGCUACGCCAACUCCCUCCUCAACCCUUUCAUCUACGCCUUCUUCAACAGGGACCUGAGGACCACCUACAGCAACCUGCUGCGCUGCCGUUACCGCAAUAUCAACCGCAAGUUGUCUGCCGUCGGGAUGCAACAAGUCCUCAAACGGGUGGAUAAGACAGACUCUGUUAUCUAA